AUGGCUUCUCAAACGGUACGUUUUUACAUUUUACACGAAUUUGUGAGAAAAUUGGGCUUUGCUCGGGUUUCCGAUUUUUUGAUGGGAUGAAAGACUUGCAUCGUUUUCAUUAUUUUUCUGUAGCACUGAUGCGGAUAUAUUGGAAAUCGCGGAAGCGUCCAUUAGGAACAUUAAAACUUAUGACUCCCAGGAUUACGCUAAAGAGAAAGAAGUUCAACACAAAAGGAAAAUCGUCCUGCCAAACGUCAUUCCUUGGGAGUAUGGCUCCAACAAAUAUGCUACGCAAAAAGGCAGUGGAGGCUUUGGAACCAUUCGUAACGCAAGUUUGUUCCCUUCUCUAUCUAAUGGAGUCAGAAGCUUCACUUUUAAGAACUAAACAUCAAGUCGAGUAAAGAUCUUUCGGAGAGCAACGACGGCGUCGUGCCGCAGCUGAACUGCCCUCCAAUGCAUCACACCUACGCAUCGCAAUCGAAAAGCACAUCUUUUGGAGCGAUGAGAGAACAAGUCACCAAAGUCGUCGAUACAGUAGGCUUUUCAUCCAAUUUUGUUAUUUCCACAUACUUUCCUUGCAGAAUGGCGACAGUAAAGUUUUGAUAAGCAAGAUCGUGGACGACAAAAUGACAGAAACGAUGUUGAAAAAGUGGAACCAGCCAAAUAGAGAAGCUACGAACUCCGAAAUUGGUCGGUCAGAGGAUUUUCUGAUCGACAUGAUUUAAUGGGUCCAGGAAGAAGAAGGAACGCUCUGACCGAAACUGUCGGGGGCCACAGGAUGAAACGAGAAGACACAAUGAAGUGCUUAGCAGCCAUACCUCGUUUCCAGGAUCCGAGAAUGACGAUCGCACAUUUGGAUAAAACAAACGGAUCAGUUAGUUUUCAAUAUUUCCUCAAUAUUUUUCCUUGUUACUAAAGAAAUUCGCUAUGAAGUAGUCUUUUGUUAUUGUAGAGCAGACGUAGCUGAUUGAAUCUGCGAAGUUUAAAACUUACUGUCUGUUCAAAAAAGCUCAUGUGCCCUUGCAUUUUUAAAGUUUUUUUGACUUCAUCUUGUUUUUAACCUUUUCAUUACUAGAAGUUUUUAACAGAAAACAUCGCUUCAGUGGCAAAACUAAGAACAGAGAGAAAUUACUCCACUAAAACUAAUUGAUUUUAUUUUUGUAGUGAUUUUUUUCCAAGUAAGAAUGGACCGUUAUUAUAUGUUGAAAAAUAAUUCUUUAUUCGUGACUUUCAAAGCAGAAUAGUUUACACAUAUUGAGGAACGGGGAAAAAGCUUCUUGUAGUUUUAUCAAGGGCGGUGUGAUUUAUUUUGUGUGGCUUCCUUAAUAAAGCUAGAGAGUUUGUCGUUUAUUCAGAAAUAGUUUUUUUUUAAGAAUUCGAUUUUUUUUCUAUUCUUGCAGUUCUCCUUUUUUCAUAUAAUGUAAUUCAAAACUUAUUUUAUGUUCUAGUAAAAGAUUCAAUCAAUUAGAAUGGAAGCUAGACAUUUCAAAGCAACAACAAACUUCAAUUUUUAAAAACAGAGUGGAAGACCUUUCUCGUCAAAAAAAUAACAAAAUCUAUAAGUUUCAUCGUUUUAUAAAAAGCCAUCAAUGUUACAAAAAGAAUUUUUAUUUCAGAUUUUGUUUCAGUAAACAUUGAAGUGAAGCCUCCGUGUUUUCAGUCUUAUCAACCUGGCCUCCAAAGGAACAGACAAGCCACAACCAAUGUGGAAGGCUUGAACCGCGAUAUUUCAGAUCAAUUGGAUACCAAUCGUUACAUGGCAUGGCUUGGAGGGCAGGUAUCGGAAAACGUCCAACUCAACAUUCUGUCAAUUUUUUCAGCUUACUCUGCAAUCCCAAUCGAAAACUGGCGGUUUCAAUAAAACUCGCGACGUUGUUUCUCAGAACUAUUACAAUAAGGUGGACGGGACAAAGAUUGAUGCCGAGGUAAGAAAAAAGUUAUUUUUUCGACACUUGGCCAAUUUUUUUUCUUUCUUCGUCAGUGACCAAAUAUCGUUUCUAAAUUCCAUACGUUGAGAUGAAAUUUCAGAAAUUGAGAAAGAGAUUACAAGAAGUUCAACUGCAAAAGAGCGACAUUGUCGAACAAGAGAACAAUGAUGAAGAAAGACGAUAA